AAGAAAACGGAGUGAUCAACAUGAGAAGUUAUUUUUGUGCAAAAACUGCACGAAAUGUAAAAAUAAUUCUCGAGAGCCACCCCUUGCUGAUGCUCGAUGUCCCAAGAGGAAAAUCGUACCCCAGAGUGCACAAUUAGCUUUUGGCAUUUAGCGGCCAGAGCCCUGGAUUUUUAAUAAUUUGGUGCAUAGUUCUGCAUAGAAACUGGUGAGGAAGAAUUUCCCGUUUGAAGGUAAAACAGCAUACACUGUUACUGUGUGUUUAUGGCAGUUAAAUGAAUAUUGCCAAAGUCUGCCAGGCUCCAUGACCAAUGCUUUUGUGAUCAGUUUUGAGUGUGAUAAUGAGACACUGCACAUAAUCCUCUUAGACUUGUCCAACGUCAUAUGUAUAUACAUAUAUUUAUGUAUGUAUAUAUGUAUGUAUGGGCUGUAAAAUUUGUGUUGUAAUGUGCACUACUACUUCCGUCCGGGUGAAAACCGUGUACCUUAUAAUAAAUAGUUCCUAUGUAAUACACACUUUAAAUGGGAAAUUUCAUAUUCCUGUGCUGAAAAAGUAGGUACACAAAAUCAACAAGGCACUCAGGUUUCACAGGAUUUUUAUGCUAUAGUUUAUAUAGACAUUAUCGCAUUAGACUAAAGCACCACUUUUAUUUUGCACUAAAUUAAAUAUUACUAAGGUAGGCUCAUGAUAAAGUGAGAGUGAGACAAUGCACAUAAUCCUCUUAGAAGACUUCAGGUAUUAGGUAUUAUGCUGAUCCAUUGUGAAGACUUGUCCUGUGUCCUACAUAACCCUUUGGCCAUUGGCAAGGGUUUGGGCUUUUCCUUGUGCCACAAUACCCAGCUGUGGAAAUCUGGUUUUGGAGAUUUUUGCACCCCUGACCUUGCAAGACAUUUGUUCUGUCUGGUUUUUCCAAGGAGUUGAGGAUGUGACAUGAAUCACGCUGCUGAAAUUUUGGAUUGUGUUACCCCAUGGUCUGCCGGGGAGAGAGCUGGACUUGUCCUCUACCAAAGCCCAUUUAUGCAGCUUAAUUCUCCAUAGCCAGUAGCAUCACUGCUUUGGAGGAAAAUGUAUUGUACAAGAAGGAAGCGACUGCAGCUGAGCCGGGUCCUGUUUCUCCUCUCUGGGGUUUUUCUCUGUACCCUCUACCAGUUGACCAUCAGUGCCAGACUGUACGAGCCUUUGCCAAUGCCUCAGAUUGGAGAGGAUUUUGGAGAAGGUUCAACAGAAGGGGUUGAGGAGGCUACAGUAGAGACUCAGGGGCUGGAGGAACCUCUCACUGCAACACAUGAAUUAAAACCCACAGAUCAAACAACCCCAGAGAUGCAUGUGGUACAUCAUUUGGAUACAACUUUAGAUUUUAAAGCAUCCACCUCUACUAAAUCUCCAUCAUUGCCAACCACAAACCGGACUAUUGUGCAUUGCAUCUAUGUGGCCCCUGAGCCUCCACAGGAGACACCCACACCAGCUCCAGCUCCCCCUGUAACCACCAUCACUCCAGCUUCUCCUGGUGAAGCUCCACGUAUUAAGGAUGAAUACCCUGAAGAUAUCUUUUCUAUUGAAGACCGCAGACAAGGCUGGGUGAUCCUCCACAUUUUUGGGAUGAUGUACAUGUUCAUUUCCCUUGCGAUUGUGUGUGAUGAGUUCUUUGUUCCUGCGCUGGGGGUAAUCACAGACAAGUUAGCCAUCUCUGACGAUGUGGCAGGAGCCACCUUCAUGGCUGCCGGAGGUUCUGCUCCUGAGCUUUUCACCUCCUUGAUAGGAGUCUUCAUCGCCCACAGCAAUGUGGGUAUUGGCACAAUCGUUGGUUCAGCAGUUUUCAACAUUUUGUUCGUGAUUGGAAUGUGUGCUUUGUUUUCACGGGAGGUACUUCAUCUAACCUGGUGGCCCCUUUUCAGAGAUGUAUCCUUCUACAUACUUGACCUCAUCUUACUCAUCAUCUUCUUCUUGGAUAAUGUCAUAAUGUGGUGGGAGAGCAUGAUGCUGGUGACCAGUUAUACUCUCUAUGUGAUUUUCAUGAAGUUCAAUGUACAAAUAGAGCGGGCCUUCAAGACCCAACUCUACAAACACAAGAACAUUGUCAGAGUUAUUGCUGUGGAGGAGCCUGAAAAGAAAAAUGGGAAUGAUGAAGAUAAUGCCCCUCCUGCUCCAGAAGACAAGAAUCAUUUAAAGUUGAAGCCAUCCCUUCAGCGAGGAGGAAGUUCAGCUUCUUUACACAACAGCACCAUGAGAAACACCAUCUUCCAACUUAUGAUCCACACAUUAGACCCUCUAGGAGAGGGGAAAUUUAAGGAUAAGGCUGAGACUCUGUAUAAUGUGGCUAAACAAAAGGCAGAGAGCAAAACUCAAGACAAAAGUGAAGAUUAUGGGGGGAAAACUGAGCAGACCAAAGACCCAGAAGCUGCCCCGGCCACAGAAACAGAGAAGAAGGAGCAGCCAGAGGACAAGAAGGAGGAUGUGCCAGCAGAACAGGAUGGGUCAGGAGGGUCAGGAGGUGCCGACAGUGAUGAAAAUGACAGCGAUGAAGACAGCGAUGAGUCCAGUGAAGAUGAAGAUGAUGAUGAUGAUGAGGAGGAUGACGAUGAGGGGGAGGAAGAAAAAGGACAGAAAGAAGAUGAGCCUCUGUCUUUAGAGUGGCCUGACACACGACGUAAACAAGCCACCUACCUCUUCCUGCUGCCCAUAAUCUUCCCUCUGUGGCUCACAGUUCCAGAUGUGCGCAACCAGAAAUCCAGAAAAUUCUUUGUGGCCACCUUCCUUGGCUCUAUUCUGUGGAUUGCUGUGUUCUCCUACCUCAUGGUGUGGUGGGCCCAUCAGGUGGGUGAGACCAUCGGCAUCUCAGAGGAGAUUAUGGGCCUGACUAUCCUGGCUGCAGGGACGUCCAUUCCUGACCUCAUUACCAGUGUUAUUGUGGCACGUAAAGGCCUGGGGGACAUGGCUGUGUCCAGCUCUGUGGGCAGCAACAUCUUCGACAUCACUGUGGGUCUGCCAGUCCCAUGGCUCCUGUACUCAUCAUUCCACGGUUUGGCUCCAGUGGCCGUUAGCAGCAAUGGGCUCUUCUGUGCCAUCGUGCUGCUCUUUAUCAUGCUCCUCUUUGUCAUCAUCUCCAUUGCAUCCUGUAAGUGGAAGAUGAAUAAGGCACUAGGUUUCACCAUGUUCCUGCUCUACUUUAUCUUCCUGGUGCUAAGUGUGAUGCUGGAGGAUCGCAUCAUUAUCUGCCCUGUUUCCAUCUGAACAUGUGAGCAGAAGCCUUCUCUACAGCAGGCAUUCUCUUCACUUGUGACCUGAAGCAGAACUGUUAACCCAUACAUGUACGAAUCUCAUGAGUAUGGGUCUGGAUAUCUGUAGAAACUGUGCAGAAAGCUACUGUAGUUGCUCUGCAUUGGUGCCAGUGACGUGUCCGGUAUAUCAGCUGCAAUACACAUAUUACAACAUUUUCUAGAACUUGUUACAUACUCACUUUUAGUAACAAUGGCAGCUUUAACAUUUAUUUUUCGAUUAUACCAGAAGAUGCAGAACUACUGUCUAAUAUAGUGUAGGUUGUGCAGGAAAAGAAUCAACACUAACAGAGAUAUUAACAAUUUUUCACUGUUACAAAACAGCAUCUACAGAAUGGAAUUAGAAAUCUAGAAUAUGUGCACAUUUUGGAAAAUGUAUGAGGUUUCAAAAUGUGAAUUUUGUAUAAUAUGUAAGUAUACACUUGAGCCAACAACUGUUUUAUAACAUUCAUUAUAGAAGACCUGAGCUUGCUUGAACUCACUGUUCUUUUAUGCACAUCAGUUUUUAUAGAAAGAUAAGGCAUAGCAAUAGCACUCAGUUUGGAAAAAAAAUCUAACUUGACAUCCAUAGAAUAAACAUGUUUAUUCAUAAAUGAAAGCAAACUAUAAAUCCAGCCAGGGAAGAAAUUUGAUUUCUUUUUUUCUAUAAAAAUCAUACAAAUUAGUAUCUGUGUUACAAAUGAUAAAUAAUACUUCAUAAACAUUGUUUAAAUUGAGUGUGUAAACGUGUAGACCUCCAAUGAUAUUUUGGUCAUCUGUGGGUUUUUUUUGUCACAACUUACAAGGUGGUUAAAAUGCAAAUGUACAUGGUGUGAGACUGGCAUUAAUUCCAAGCACACAGCCUUUUCUAAUCCAGCAUUGUAUCAUCAUGAAUGAUUGUGUCCAGUAAUAAGAUGUGGAGCUGCAUCACACUGCUAACAGAAUCUUGGCAGGUUUCUGUCAGUAAAUAGUGAAAGACAAUAUAUACACAGUGAACCUUCACACUCAUUUUUGAAAGUGAUUUUUGAAUUAGGGCAGGGCAGAGCUGUUGUUCAAACUUAACACCUUUUACAUUUACAUAUCUUUUAAUAUGCUCAGUGUAAAUAAAUGUGCACUGCCAUCUGUUCAAAGAUAUUUAAAAUGUCCUUUUACGCUCUGUAUGUCACAUUAAACAGUGCACUGUUGUCCAAAUGUCUAAAACUGACAUCUACACCAUACAGUGAAGACCAAAAUGAAAUACACAAAAUACUAGAAUCAAAUAAUCUGUACAUUUUUAUAGAUCCAUUACUGUGUCAAUAAAUUAAUUUCUUUAUAAAACAAUUGUGUUGAUUAAACCAACAGAAAACAUUUAUUUUCAGUUUUUAUUUGUCUACAAUUAGUUUGAUUGUACUGUUUUUAAGGAAAUCUAUCCUUGGUGGUCCCAUAUAACACAUCCAUUAUUCAAUCCUCACAUUAAAAAAGGUAUUGCUUAAAAAACUGUUAAUAAAUCAUAGAAGCAUUAUUCCCUUUUGGGGUCUUUUGGUACAUUGUACAAAAAGGAUAAAUGAAUAAACAUAGUGCAUAUACAUUAA